ACGUGGAGCCUCCGGACUGACAAACGCAAACUUCAUAAUCUCCAGUAUCUCGUUUUACCAUCUGAUUGGUCAGAUUCUAUGUCAAUCAGGUACGUUAGUCGUUGACUGGCUUAAAGUUUUAAAACGAACAUCUAUUUUGAAUGCGAUCGCUAGAUGUUAUAUCAGUAACAGCUGAUUGGCUGUAAUACAGAAAUAUGCCAUGCCAUUGGUUUUUACAUGUGUCAUUCAUCGUUUUCUCCCGGGUUUGCACUUACUGAACGGCUUCUUACUCGCUGAAUUAGACGUGGGCGUUGCUGCUGCUGGAAAGUCAGGGUAACGCUCAUCUUGAAUUUAAAGGGGAUAUUGGCAAAUACAACCUACUAGAGGUGCUUUAGUGAUUUUUAAAACCCCAUUCGGAAAGAAAGGACUACUAUGGCACAAAGCUUUACGCAGGAGUAUCUACUAAUUCCAGCCGUCACCAGAGCGUAUACGACAGCCUGCGUCUUAACCACUGCAGCCGUGCAGCUGGAAUUCAUCACCCCGUUUCAGCUGUAUUUCAAUCCGGACUUAAUUUUUAGAAAAUAUCAGAUGUGGCGCCUGAUAACCAGCUUCCUCUUCUUUGGACCCCUUGGAUUCAGUUUUUUGUUCAACAUGGUCUUUCUAUUUCGAUACUGCCGCAUGCUGGAGGAGGGCUCCUUCCGGGGCCGGACGGCAGACUUUGUCUUCAUGUUCCUGUUUGGGGGGUUCCUAAUGACAAUCUUUGGCCUGUUCUCCAACCUGUUCUUCCUAGGCCAAGCCUUCACCAUCAUGUUGGUGUACAUCUGGAGCCGGCGCAACCCCUACGUCCGCAUGAACUUCUUCGGCCUCCUCAACUUCCAGGCUCCCUACCUGCCCUGGGUGCUCAUGGGAUUUUCCUUGUUGCUUGGCAACUCGAUUGUCAUUGACCUCCUUGGCAUCUGUGUGGGGCAUGUGUACUACUUCUUAGAAGAUGUAUUCCCAAACCAGCCUGGUGGCAGAAAGCUUCUCGUCACUCCUGGUCUCCUAAAGAUCAUUUUUGAUGCUCCUGAGGGGGACCCUGAUUAUCUCCCUCUCCCAGAGGAGACAGAAAGGGGUCCUGGACCAGAAGAACUCCCUCAGGACCCCCAGGAUCCAGCCCCCCCACAGCAGUAGAAAUAAGAUGGAGAAUGGG